AAGGCCAUGAGCGUCUCUCAGCGCGUCGAUGAGUGAAGCACAAGCUGGAGUCCUGAGCAUCAGCGGUCCACAGCAACAGUAAGGCGGUCCCUUCUCCUUCCUGAAGCUCCUCCUGGCCGGAGGAAGUGGGCUUUCUGGAUGUCAGCUGCUGAGUGUGAAGGCAGAUCCGCCAUCCUCUCCUCGGCGGCGCAGCACCAUCUGGUCGGCAGCUGAAACCCGUUAGGAACUUCCUGCUCUGCGCCGCGGCUCCAGGACGGUGGAGGAUCGGCCGACGCUCGUUUUCCACUAUGAACCGCGCUUUCAACAGGAAGAAAGACAAGUCGUGGAUGCACACCCCAGAGGCUCUGGCCAAGCACUACAUUCCCUACAAUGCCAAGUUUCUGGGAAACACGGAGGUGGAGGCCCCGAAAGGCACCGAAGUCGUGAAGGAUGCAGUGAGGAAGCUGAAGUUUCAGAGGCACAUCAAGAAGUCGGAGGGCCAGAAGAUUCCCAAAGUGGAGCUUCAGAUCUCCAUCUACGGAGUCAAGAUCCUGGACCCCAAAACCAAGGAUGUGCUGCAUAACUGUCAGCUGCACCGGAUAUCCUUCUGCGCCGACGACAAGACGGACAAACGGAUAUUCACCUUCAUCUGCAAAGACUCGGAGUCCAACAAACACCUCUGCUACGUGUUCGACAGUGAAAAAUGUGCGGAGGAGAUCACCCUCACCAUCGGCCAGGCCUUCGACUUGGCCUACAAGAAGUUUCUGGAGUCUGGAGGGAAAGACGUGGAGACGAGGAAGCAGAUCGGCGGGCUGCAGAAGAGAAUUCAGGAACUGGAAACGGAAAACGCUGAGCUGAAGAAACAACUGCAGGAGCUGGAGGAGCAGCUGAUGAUCGCUCAUGUGCCACCACCGCCGGACGCGGCGGGCGAAUCCUUCCUGCUGCACAGGCCGUCCUCUCUCUUCUGGUUUCACAGCGUGUCGUCGCUGUCCUGUCUGGAGAUUUCCUCCGUCACGCUAACGCCCAUGAGCUCGCCGGACUCCAGCGUCUCCGCGGGGAUACUAACCCCUCCGCCUGCUAAACACGCUAUUCCUCUUCCUCCUCUUCUUCCUCCUAAAGCCGGCGAGGCCUGCAGCAUCCCGCGGCCUCGUGCGGGGAGCGUCUCUGUGAAGCUGCAGUCCACGGACGUUUUCGACAUGGUUCCCUUCUCCACGGUGACGCCGCUGGUUCCCAGCAGGGCCAGUAAUGGCUGCCCUCCGCCGCCGCCGACCUCCCUGCCGCCCGACAUGAGUAAAGAUUUGUUCGGAGCGGAGCCGUUUGACCCGUUCACCUGCGGCGCGGCGGACUUCCCUCCAGAUAUCCAGUCGAAGCUCGAUGAGAUGCAGGAGGGGUUCAAAAUGGGACUGACCAUGGAGGGAACCGUCUUCUCUCUGGACCCGCUGGACGGCCGCUGCUGAUGCCAACAAAACUUUUAACUCAUUUUGUAUGGAAAAAGUGCCAAUAUCCACUCCAUGAUUGAGAUGUCACAGCCGCCAUCUUGGGGUUUAUAUGCAUUUGCAUUUUGAUUGGUUUUUCAAUAUUUCAGUGUAAACUUGGAUGUGUUAAUGUAAAGAGCUAUUUUUGUAUGAACUGAGAAGAUUCUGGAAGGAGACGUUUUGCGUACCUUUGCUGUAAAUAGUCUGAGAUGUCCGAUGGUACACUCUGUGGCAGAGUUUUCAUAUCUGUGUGAAUUCUGUGUUGGUGACACAUUCCUGUUCUAUGGAGAACAAAAGCUGACAAACAUUAAGUGUUCCAUUAACGCCAACCUUCUGCUUCACUGAAUGGUUUACCUCAGAUUAUUCCUUUUUAUAUAGAUUAUUACUCCAGCCAUAACUUUUUAACCCACUACUCUUCUUUUUUUUUUACAUUUUCCACUUUUAAUUCCCCCCAAACUCUGUAAUCAUUGUAUUUUUCUUCCCCUAUGUUUUCCGAGUCCAUACGGAAAUAUCUCUGUUAUUUACUUUUGGUUACUUUGCAGUUAUUAAAGAAACUCCUUCUGGGGAAAAAACA